AUGAAUCUUGCCACAAUACAGCUGCAUCUCCUGGUAUGCAUGAUGGGAGCAUGGCAUACCUACUUGGCGGUUGUUGAGUGGGAUGGUUUGCACGAACAACAUUGCCUUAUAGCACCCACCGAACAUGCAUGCUCAAGUAUUCAGUUGGACGAGAAUGUAUGGGAUGAGAUGCGAAUUUGGAGAAAAGGUUAG